AUGAAUUUGGCUAAUAGAUUGAAUAAAGUUGGUGAAGUAAAAAAUUGGCAUAUAAUAACGGCAGGAGCAAGUAGAAGACACAAGGUGUCUUAUCAUCGAGCCCCUAGUACUAAUCCAUGUUUAACUUUAAACAUGAACUGGAGAACUUGGUGCAUAUCUCGUGUGUUAAUAAUAUCUCGUUUAAUACGUCAUAAUACUUCUGUUUUAACAUUUUUAGCAUCAACACCGAAGAAAGCAUCACAAGAGCUCACAACAACAAAAACAACUAUUGGAACAACAACUCCGAAAUUAACAACGACGACAACGACUCCUAAAACCACGACGACAGCUGAACCAACAAAAACUUCUGAAACUACGACAAAAUCUCCUGAAUCUACGACAAUGCCUUCUCAAACCACGACAACAACUCCUGAAACUGCGACAACGACGCUUAAAACAACAACAACGACAACAACACGUGAAACCACGACAACAACACUUGAAACCACGACAACAACACCUGAAGCAACAACAACGAAUUCCCAAGCAACAACGACGACAACGACUCCUGAAACCACGACAGCAACACUUGAAACAACAACAACGACUCCUGAAGCAACAACGACGGCAACGACGCCUAAAACAACAACAACAACAAAGACUCCUGACGCAUCAACGACGCCUGAACCAACAACAACGACAACGACUCCUGAAACAACAACAACAACGACUCCUGAAACCACGACAGCAACAUCUGAAACAACAACAACGACUCCUGAAGCAACAACGACAACAACAACUGCUGGAACCACCACAACGACAAUUUCUCCAGACCCGGUCACGUUAUCGUUGUCGAAGUCCACCACAAUUUCAACAACCGCUCACAACAUUUACGCAUACCAAGCCGUUGACAAUAACAUAAAUACCUUUGUGACGUCAGAUUAUGAAAACAAUCCGUGGCUGUUAAUUGAUUUGGAAGCGACAGCUGAGAUAUUCAUGGUCGACAUAACAUUCCAAUACUUCUACAAUCAUGGAAUUAUUACUGUGGGUAACGACACAGUCCAUUUGAGCAGUUUGUGCGCAAAUGUGGAUGACAUAGAAAGAGUUGUGACAACUCGCUUUCUUUGUCAUCCUAUGCCUAUUAUUGGACGAGCACAUCGUAUGAAUAAACACUCACUUAUGAAUAAUUUAAAACCAGCAUAG